GAGCCAUUCUUCGACCUUUUCUUGUGACAUCUUUUCCCUCCCAACAAAAAUAAAAAUAAAAACCUUACUAUAACUUUUGUAUUCAACGUCGAACAGGUUGAAAAGUCUUCCCAGUAAUUAUUCCAACAGGAGGUCCAGUCUUUCACAACCACAUAACUUUUCCACUCUAGUACACCCCAUUAUAGCUUCAUCCCUCCUACACUUUCCCUAUAAAUAUGGCCUUAUCAUUUCACCAAAAAACCUAAACCAAUACUGAAAAUUAAGAGAAGAAAGAAAAUGGAGAGAGUUAAUAAUUAUAAGUUGUGCGUGGCAUUGUUGAUCAUCAGCAUGGUGAUGGCAAUGGCGGCGGCACAGAGCGCCACAAACGUGAGAUCGACGUAUCAUUUAUAUAACCCACAGAACAUUAACUGGGAUUUGAGAGCAGCAAGUGCUUUCUGCGCUACUUGGGAUGCCGACAAGCCUCUCGCAUGGCGCCAGAAAUAUGGCUGGACUGCUUUCUGUGGUCCUGCUGGACCUCGAGGCCAAGAUUCCUGUGGUAGAUGCUUGAGGGUGACGAACACAGGAACAGGAACUCAAACAACAGUGAGAAUAGUAGAUCAAUGCAGCAAUGGAGGGCUUGAUUUAGAUGUAAACGUCUUUAACCAAUUGGACACAAAUGGAGUGGGCUAUCAGCAAGGCCACCUUACUGUCAACUAUGAAUUUGUCAACUGCAAUGACUAAUUAAUCUGCUUCCAGAUAUAUUAAGUACCAUCAUAAAAAACCACAAUAAUUCAUAUAUACUAGUAUAUCUUAUUUUUAAGAGCCGUUUAGAAUAAGAAGGGGCUGAGCUAGCUUUUAAUAUAGUAUGGUAAUUAUCUGAAAGCUCUACAUGCCCUUCACUAUUAAUAGAAUAAAAGCUUGUUCUUGUUGUUAGUGCUAUGGAUUGAAUGAAUGAAGCACCACUUAACAUGAUCA